GCGGAUAUAGUGAAUGCCGGGUCCGGGGAGAGCGGAUAUAGUGAAUGCCGGGUCCGGGGAGAGCGGAUAUAGUGACUGCAGAGUCCGGGGAGAGCGGAUAUAGUGAAUGCAGGGUCCGGGGGGGAGAGCGGAUAUAGUGAAUGCAGGGUCCGGGGAGACCGGAUAUAGUGAAUGCAGGGUCCGGGGAGACCGGAUAUAGUGAAUGCCGGGGUCCGGGGAGACCGGAUAUAGUGAAUGCAGGGUCCGGGGAGACCGGAUAUAGUGAAUGCAGGGUCCUGGGAGACCGGAUAUAGUGAAUGCCGGGUCCGGGGAGACCGGAUAUAGUGAAUGCCGGGUCCGGGGAGA